AUGGGUUCGAUUGCACCUGCACAUGGCCGCCUCGCCGGCAAGAAUGCCGUCAUCACCGGCGGUGCCGGUGGCAUUGGUCUUGAGACCACCAUUCUCUUUGCCAAGGAGGGCGCCAAUGUCCUGAUGGCCGACAUCUCAGCUCCCGCCCUGGAGAAGGCGUUGGCCAAGGUCAAGCAGCUUGUGCCCAAUGCGCAGAGGAUCGAGACUCAGGUCUGCGAUGUUUCCAAGGAAGCCCAGGUACAAGCCCUCGUCGAGGCUGUUGACAGCUGGGGCGGUGUGGACGUAAUGUUCAACAACGCCGGCAUCAUGCACGCGCGCGACGACGACGCCAUCAACACGCCCGAGGAGAUCUGGGACCUGACGCAGAACAUCAACGUGAAGGGUGUUUGGUACGGCAGCAAGCACGCAGUGCUGUCGCUGCGGCGCCACAAGAAGACCAAGGGCUCCAUCAUCAACACGGCCUCCGUCGUCGCCCUCGUCGGCUCCGCCACCCCGCAGCUGGCAUAUACCGCCAGCAAAGGCGCCGUACUGGCCCUGACCCGCGAGCUGGCCAUCGUCCACGCCCGCGAGGGCUUCCGCUUCAACAGCCUAUGCCCCGCGCCCCUCAACACUCCCCUCCUCCAGGACUGGCUGGGUGACGAUCAGCCCAAGAGACUCCGCCGCGAGAUCCACUUCCCGACCGGCCGUUUCGGCGAGGCCAUCGAACAGGCACAGGGCGUGCUGUUCCUGGCGAGCGACGAGAGCAGCUUCGUCAACGGACACGACUUCGUCAUUGAUGGCGGCAUGACCAAGGCAUAUGUCACCCCCGAGGGCCCUGCACCCGCGGCGCCGCUCAACAAUGCCUCCAAGAGCUCUCUCGACUAA